CGGAAGCGAGGUGCUGUGUGUGUGUGGUUUGCAAGUUUUAUGAAAGGUUUUGGACAUUUAGAUGUUUAUAUAUCUGAGGUAUUUCAGUUAUGCCUUGCUUCCUCUUUCAGUUGGGCGGAGGUGCUCUUUAGCAGCAUAGCGUCAAGCUUACUUUCACUUUGUCCUCGUUUCAUCCUGCAUUUCUAUUCGAAACAUUUUGAUGUGACUGUCGGUGCUGUGUGGGGAAUAUACAUUCAUCCCACUUUAGACAUUAAACCAAAUGGAAGAAGAGAGCUGUUGUUGUGCAGACGAUUUAUUGGAGUUCCUGCGCAUCGAUGUGGCGCUCGAGCCCUUGUGUGACAGACAGCAGACCACGUGCUCUAAGAAUGUCAUGCGCAAGCAGCGCAACUGGGAGAGGAGGCUGGAGGCGAAGAGAAGCAAAAGAAAAGAGGAGAAACAAAGAAAGAAGCUCAACAAACUAAAUAAAGAUGUGAAUGAGCUGCAGCUCAGUAAACGUGUCAUUAAAGCGAUUACCAAAGAGAGACUGGAGGAGGCCAGAGGAGCAGGACCUGGCCUGUGUGUUGAUCUCAGCAUGACUGACUGUCUGUCUGCCAAAGAAAUCAGCCGCCUUGCAUGUCAGAUCAGGCGCCUCUACGGAUGCAACAAGAAAGCCUUGCAGCCAUUCCGCAUAUUUCUGACGGAGUUAAAAAAGGACAGUUUGCUGUAUAAAGAAUGUGUUCGGAUGAAUGACGGCUUCCUGAAUUAUUUGAUUGAUGUGACUGAGGAGAGCUGGUUUCAUCUGUUUCCCUCUGAAGAUGUGAUAUAUUUAACCCCGGACGCAAGUGAAGCUUUAGAGUACGUGGAGGAAGAUAAAGUCUACAUCCUCGGAGGUUUAGUGGAUGAAACCAUACAAAAGAAAAUAAGCUACACGAGGGCGAAAGAGCUCGACGUUCGCACGGCGCGGCUGCCGAUUGACGAGUACAUGGUGAAGAGACCAAACCCCAAAAACUUCCACUCUAAAAUCCUAGCCAUUAACCAAGUGUUUGAAAUCCUUCUGACAUUUCGGGGCACAAAAGACUGGACUAAAGCGCUUGCUGCGGGAAUACCUCCAGGAAAAGGUUACAUGGUGGUUUCAGCGGCAUCUACAGACAUAAACACUCCAGAAGAGCUGUAGACACACAUAGGCUUUGGUUUCAUAGAGUUUAUAAGGCCUCGAGCCUAUAAUAGUGUUAUGAACUCAUUUAUAUAUUAGACGACUUUGUUUGACUGAAGUAACGUGAAUUAAUAAUAUUCAAAAUACUUGACUGCAUCUUUUGUAUCACGUUUCUUUUAUGUUGAAAUGCUCUAAUUCGGUUGUCUCAGGGAUGGUUUUGCACAAACGGUCUAAAUACUGAGCUGAUGGAUAUUUUGUCAGCAUUAAAGCCACUGGUUAAAACUGAUAUAUGCAAAGAUCACAUUACAAGCGAUAGACUACGUCUGUGUUUGUUAAUCUUUGUGUCAAACAGAGGCAGUUAGAUUGUCUUUCACUGUAUACAUUGUUUAAUCUAAUGCAUUGGGAACAGAGCAUGUGAGCGAAGCGGAGCGGUGUGACGCUCCG